AUAGUUUUACAACGAAUUGAGAUUUAAGAAUCACGGAUGUGAAAAUUCCGAUUCGACAUGUCAUUGUGAAUUUAUCGGUCAAUAAUAAAAUAUCCGAUCGAUAGAGAAAUAAUAAUUUACUUAUAGGGUGUACUAAAAGACUUCGCCAUAAUUUUUCUAGGGUGUACUGUACAAUUUACUUAUAUCUUAAGACAAAGAUAAAAGUAAAUUUCAACUGCACUAAGAUUGGGAAAUAUUGAUAAAAAUCUGGAUGUCUUUGGAAACUCAAUUAAGAAAAAUCGAAUAUACGAUUUACUCUCUCAAAUAUAUCAGGAAUUAAUAUUCACCACAAUUUUAGCUGGAAAAAAAUCUAACGGCUGAAAUCUACACUAAUGCAUAACGUAAAAAAUCUACACCGUAGGUUAUGAUCUUAUGCUGAUACUGCUGGAUAUUUUCCAAAAAAAAGAAGAUAAAUAAGGAAACGCUUUAUCUCUUAAGGUAAAACACCAAAGAUAUUCACAAAACCAGCUCACGCAUAUAUUCGGAUAUAAAUAUCGUAUAUAUAUAAAAUAUCUAUAAAUUACACGCAGAGAUUAAAGAUAUAAAUGCAACUCGUGAGAAAUCGUACGUAGAGAGAGAUCAUCGGAGAAAGAUGGCGACUACGGCGAAGACGUGUUCACUCUGUGGCAACAAUGGUCAUAAUGCACCUACUUGUUGCCUUAACAGCGUUAACAAAGGAAGCGUGAAACUGUUCGGCGUUGACAUAUCAUCUGAUCCUAUUAACUCGCCUGAGGUAACGGCGUUAAGGAAGAGUCUCAGUUUAGGGAAUCUUGAUUCUCUUCUUGAUAACGGUAAUGGUGACCUAAUCGCCGCCGUUGAAGAUACGGGUUAUCAUUCUGAUGGUCAGAUUCAUUCAAAGAAGAGGAGGUCUUCUCAUGAGAAGAAAAAGGGGAAUCCAUGGACGGAAGAAGAACAUCGUAUGUUCUUGGUCGGCUUGAAGAGGGUCGGGAAAGGAGAUUGGAGAGGGAUCUCAAAGAGCUUCGUGACGACAAGAACACCGACACAAGUGGCGAGUCAUGCUCAAAAAUAUUUUCUUAGGUUAAAUGGUAACGACAAGAGAAAAAGACGUGCUAGUCUCUUUGACAUCUCUCUAGAAGAUCAGAAGGAGAAAGAGAAGAAUUUUCCAGAUGCAUCAACAUCAUCAUCAAAGACUCCAUCUAAACAACUAAUAACCGGAUCUCAAGAACCGGUACAAGUUCAAACUCAAACUGAGAUAUCAAACCGGUUUCAGAAUCUAUCAAUGGGGUACAUGCCAAUCUACAACUUUUCACCUUUUAUGUUCCAUCCAAUGUACUACGCCAACCCUGGACCGAUUAGGUAUGUUCACCCUUCCGGUAUACCUGUACCAAUGCAUGUACCGGUUAGUAUGCCUCAACCUCAUUUAAAUGAAGUCUCUGAUAUGACAACGAAAGACGGUUUGGAACUUGCUAUCGGUUUGCCUCCUCCUCCUCCACAAGCUACCGGAUCAACCGACUUGACUGCCCAUGGCACCAUUCAUGUGAAGUGACGCUAAUAACAAUUUUAAUCCUCCUCCAUGCAUUAUUCAUGUGAAGUGA